AUGUCCGACUCCUCGGCCCUCAGUUCUCCAGGGAUCAUUCAUGAAUUCCCAAGAGACAGGAUUCAAGAACACAUUAACGGUAGUGCCCGCGCGAAUUUGCAGCCCAUGUAUAUUCCACCACUAUACCUGCCUGGGGGUAAACGGGCACUCUCAGGGGUGUCUAUUCGUGCCUUUGCGUUGGGCAUCGCACUAGGCAUCUCUACAAUCCUCACAGUGGAGCUGGUGCAUUGGGGCAACGGACUUUGGAGAGCACCAUGCUUUGUCGCAACACUGGCCCUGUUUCACUACCUUGAAUUCGACAUGACGGCAAGAUACAACCCCCCGGAUGCCUCAAUCUCGUCCUUUCUCUUACUGUCGAAUGGCAUUGGCUAUGCCGCCGCCCAUACCUCCGCCAUGCUUGAAUUGCUGGCCCGGUACUGGCUGUACUCUGACUACGCUCCAACAUGGCUGAGGUUGCCUUUCCAUAUCCCCAGAAUCUUGCCAUCGAUUCCGUCCUCGAUAACAGUUGGGCUGGGCGCCACUUUGAUUGUCGUGGGCCAGCUUGUCAGAAGUGCCGCCAUGCGACAGGCAAAGACAAACUUCAACCAUGUUGUGCAAUGGACGAAGCGAGCAGACCAUGUCCUGGUGACGGAUGGAGUCUAUGCCUUCUCAAGGCAUCCCUCCUAUUUCGGAUUCUUCUGGUGGGGUUUGGGGACGCAGGUACUGCUGGGGAAUCGCAUUUGCUUCGUAAUAUAUGCUGUGGUAUUGUGGAAGUUUUUCCACCACCGAAUCGUUCAUGAAGAAAGACAUCUGGUUUCUUUCUUUGGAGAAGACUACAUUGAAUAUCGCAAACGCGUUCCCGUCCGCAUUCCAUUCAUUCGUUGA